UCUAUAGGAAUAGAUUCGUCAGAAAAAUUGAUAUCCACAGUUACAAUCAAGUAUAAUACGUUCCUGCUCAUAGAAUUCCUGGGAAGAGGAUCGAAUGCGGCAACGUCGCUUGUGCCAUGCACACAGACGCUGGCAUUCGUCGUCGUCGGUCGCUAGUGCUUGGGCUUUUACCCCACGCGUCUUAGUAACCCGCCAGCUGACUCGAACAGAGUAAAUACCGACAUUGGUCGACUCCGGUGACGUCACGCACCCGUAUCGACCAAUACCACGGUCGGAUAUCGCUGGAUCAUCUCAACUUGGCACGAGUUCUGGCUAUUUGGUAGUUCAUCGCGUGGUGCGCUCUUUUUAGUACUUGCAACUCUUUCCUAACUUUCGUAUCUUUCGUAUUCGAUCUCAUUUUUGCGGCAACUAACUUUAGGUAUCCAAUCUAGUCAGCCUAUGUGAGGCGCGUUGUUUUUAGUGAGUGUGAUUUUAAGAUAAAUUAAGUUUUGUACAAGUUAUGUGAUUUGGAAUAGACUACUUACUUUAAAAUUAGAAUAUUGCGAAGUGACAACGACGCAUCGUAUCAACAUACACAUCUUAAUCGUCGAUAUCGACGAUUCGUACACUGUAUACUCACCGGUGUUUAAUUUAGCGGUUCAAAAUUGCUGCCAUGGGUCGCAAAAAAAUACAAAUAUCCAGAAUUACCGAUGAACGGAAUCGGCAGGUGACUUUCAACAAACGCAAGUUUGGCGUCAUGAAGAAAGCAUAUGAGUUAUCAGUUUUAUGCGACUGCGAGAUAGCACUCAUAAUCUUCAGUAGCAGUAACAAGCUCUACCAAUAUGCUAGUACGGACAUGGACAAAGUUCUACUUAAAUAUACAGAGUACAACGAGCCUCAUGAGUCACUUACCAACAAAAACAUUAUCGAGGCACUUAAUAAGAAGGAGCAUAAAAACGGAGUGAUGAGUCCUGACAGCCCUGAACCUGAGACUGAAUACCAAUUGACACCUCGUACUGAAGCCAAGUACAGUAAAAUAGAUGAAGAUUUUCAGAUUAUGUUACAAAGAAGUCAAAUGAACGGACAAAGGGGUAGUAUGAGCUCAUCAAAUUAUUCCCAGCCAGUUUCGGUACCUGUAAAUAUAAGUUACAGUGAUACUGGUCUCCUACAAUCUAGUCCACAGAUGGCUCAUACUAGUAUCAGUCCUCGACCGUCUUCUUCAGAAACAGACUCUGUGUAUCCAAGUGGAGGAAUGCUGGAAAUGAGUAAUGGAUAUCCAAAUUCCGCAUCUCCAAUGGGAGGAUCACCUUCUCCUGGACCUUCUCCAGGUCCUGGACUCAGCACAUCUAAACAACAUCCAAAGCAACACUCACCAGGACCAAGAUCAAAUUUACGAGUAGUUAUACCCACGCCUCUAGGACCAAGUAUUACAACGGACGAAGUUUCAUAUACAGAAACUUCUGGGUUAUCAAGUUAUCCCAGUUCCUUGACAUCAUUUGGAGCGCAAGAUUUCAGUAUGGGUUCAGACAUCGGACUGGCGUCAAUGUCUUGGAACCACCAGAUACCUACUUCUUUAACACAUAACACGCCAUGCCUACCGCACCUUGCAGUUUCCAGUAGUACUCCACCACCCACAUCAUCAUCACCACUUCCUGUUAAAAUUAAGAGUGAACCAAUUUCCCCUCCAAGAGAGCAUCAUCCACAUCUGAGUACAGCCGUCCACCAUUCACAUGUUCAAACUUUGAAUUUGACUCACAGCCAUCACCCCCGGCCUAGUUCUGCUGGACAAAUAACACCAACGCCGGGCAGUGUGACCCCUACCAAUCUUCCCUCACCUACCGGGGCUGCGAGUAGCGGUACAGAAUACAGUGAUUCUGUACAGAUGCAUAAGCGGCCCAGACUUACAGACUGGCCAUCCUAGAGCAGUCACUAUAAUUUGUUCUCAACUACGUAGGACACUAAGUGCCAUAGUGAUACAUAAUUGUGGAUGAUUGUAAACAUAGUGUUACUGUUUAAAUUGCCAAUUAUCAUCCAUGUGAUAAACUACGAGUCUUGUAGAGCUAUUAUUAUUAUUACUGAACUGCAGAAACUUUGUAAGUGAACAGAUAAAUUUUGUAAAAAGAAUAUAAGAUUUUUACAAAGAAUGAAAUGUGUGUGUGUGUGCUGAGGUUAAGCAUCAGUAAAGUACUGUACUCUCGAUUCAAAAUAACAUGUGUACCACAUGGUGCAAAAAAAUUUUCUUCGCCACCAAUUUAUUAUUGGACUGGGAAAUGAAAUUCAUCUUUCUAUAUUUUUUUUUAUUUAUGCUUUCGGAACAUACUUUAGAAUUCUUUCUCUCGUGUUUUUUAUUUAUUGAUUUUAAUAAAAUAACCUAUUAACAUACCUUUUAGAAAGUUUCUUCAAAGUCAAAAAUCUUGUUUAACUGUAAACAUUACAUAUGGGAGAUAUUAAAUAAAUUUCCGAUAUUGUUGUAGCAGUUAGAAAAAAUUAA